AUGGUGGAUCAGGAUACUAACAAUCAGCUAGUAAGCAUGCCAACUUUAGAGGAGGUGAAGAAGGUUGUAUUUGAAUUAUUUGCAUAUAGUGCUGGUGGUCCAGAUGGUAUGAUUGGAAUAUUUUAUCACGUGUGUUGGGACAUUGUUAGUGCUGAUGUAUACAUUCUUGUGAAAGCCUCUUUUGAUAGCCAAACUCUUCCAAAGUCAGUCACACAUACCAACCUGGUACUAUUACCAAAGAAGAAUAACAUUGAGACCUUUGCUGAUAUGAGACCAAUCAGUCUCAGCAACUUCAUCAACAAGGUUAUUUCUAGAGUGGUUCAGGAUAAACUGGAAGGCAUUCUACCUUCUCUGAUAUCUCCCAACCAGUCUGGAUUUGUUAAGGGCAGAUGUAUCAUUGAAAAUGUCCUUCUAACUCAAGAAGUUGUGACUGACAGUAGACUAAGAGGAAAACCAGCUAAUGUUAUACUUAAGCUUGACAUGGCUAAAGCAUAUGAUAGAGUAUCAUGGAGUUACUUGAUCAGAGUUUUAAGGAAGAUGGGAUUUGCAGAAAUUUUCAUAGAUAUGGUUUGGAGGAUGAUAGCAAAUAAUUGGUAUUCCAUACUCCUUAAUGGUCAAGCUUAUGGUUUCUUUCAUUCCACCAGGGGUGUAAAACAAGGAGAUCCACUCUCUCCUGCUUUGUUCAUCUUAUCUGCUGAUGUUUUAUCUAGAGCAUUGAAUUCUUUAUUUGAGAAUAAUGAGUUUAGAAAUGACAUAAUAAUUUUUUCAUCUGCUGAUGCUAGAUCAUUGGAGCUAAUUAUGGAGGUGGAGACUAUUACUGGUUUUAAAAGAGGCACUUUUCUUUUUACAUAUUUGGGUUGUCCUGUCACACAUUCAAGGAAGAGGAAGGUUGAUUACAAUGAUCUGAUCAAGAAAGUCAAGAAUAGGCUGCAGACUUGGAAAGGAAGAUUGCUAUCAUUUGGAGGAAAAGCUGUUCUGAUCAAUAAUGUACUAAUGAGUAUGCCAAUACAUUUGUUAUCAGCCAUCAAACCUCCAAAAUGUAUUAUCAAUGAUAUGCACAAAAUCUUCUCAAGAUUCUUUUGGAAUAAUAGUGAGGAAGGGAGAAGAAGACGCUGGUCAUCAUGGCUAAAUUUGUGUAAGCCAAAAGAGGAAAGAGGAGUAGGCUUUAGAUCUUUGUUUGAUGUAUCUAAAGCCUUAUGUGCAAAACUUUGGUGGAAAUUAAGGACAACAAAUACUCUAUGGGUAAACUACAUGUGGAUCAAAUAUUGCAAAAGGCACAGUCCUCAGACUGUGCAGUGGGAGGGAGGUUCUCAAGUAUGGAAGGCUAUGAUAGAGGCUAGAUAUAAUAUAGAGCAAGAAAUAUGGUGGGAACCAAGGAGUGGGACUGCAAAUGUAUGGUUUGACAACUGGACAAAGCUAGGGGCUCCAUAUCACAUCAUUCCAGAUAAUUUUGAGAUAGAUGAGGGUGUUCAAGAUGUAAAAGAACUUAUGUUGCAGGAUGGUUGGAAUAUAGGAAAAUUGCAGCAGUUAUUCCCUAUGGAUAUUGUGGAUCAUAUAUUAGAAGAAUUGCACUUUCAUGAGCCAAAAGAAGAGUGGGAUAGACCAAGAUGGAUGAUGACAGCAUCAGGAAAAUUUACUGUAGGCACUGCAUGGGAAUUACUGAGGAGCAAAGCAGUCAAGUCAGAUGUCUUUAAGAACAUGCAAUAUGAAACUGUGGAUCAUUUGUUUGUUACAGUAAAUGGUUCUACAAAAGCGUGGACUUAUGUUAAAACUGUUGUUGGCAUCACAACACAGUUUCAACAAGUCAGGCAGAUUCUUCAAGUCUGGUGGAAUGCAGAUUGCCCCUCAAAGUUCAUAACCAUCUUUAAAGCUAUUCCAAUGGUCACUAUGUGGCAGAUAUGGAAGUGGAGGAAUACAAUUCUACAUGGAGGGAGGAUGUCCAUCAACAAAGUGAUUUAUGAGAUAAACAUGAUCAUAUAUCAAAUGUGUAGAAUGAGGUUUCCAUGGCAGACCAACUUACCAAGAUGCAUACCUCAAAUUCUACAAGUCUUUGAAGUGUACAGGUCAAGAAUUGUAAGCAAGAUAGUGAAAUGGGAUUUUCCUAUGCCAGGAUGGUAUAAAUGUAAUUCUGAUGGAGCUUCUAGGGGAAAUCGUGGACCAAGCCCUGUGGCCUUUUGUAUUAGAAAUGCAGUGGGUGACCUCCAGUAUGCAGCAGCAAGAAGGAUACCAGAUGGUUCAAAUCUGAUAGCAGAAGCAAAGGCAUUACAUGAGGGUCUUAAGUACUGUGUUACACACAGUCUGUUGCCAGUGAUGAUGGAAACAGACUCAAUAACUAUGAAGAUGAUCUUAACUGGUCAGUGGGAGACUCCAUGGAGUAUAUCAAUGAUCAUAAAUGAUAUUUCAAGGUUGAGGAGUGAUAAGGAAGUGAGGGUGGAGCAUGUUCUGAGAGAAGGAAAUGGUCUGGCUGAUUUUUUAACUAACUAUUCUUUUGAUUUUGCAAGACAUCUAAGGACCAUCAUAUCCCUGGAGAUUAAUAGCAAGCAGCUGGAGAGCAGUAGCAGCAAUAAGGUUGCAUCUCAACCUGCCAUGAAUAGCACAUGGACCUGUAUGAAACUAUCUUUGGCAGGGGUACAAGAGUGGUAUUAUCUUGAAGCUCAUUCUCUUGUAAGACUUCUAAAGAUUGGUUCAUUCAGGAAACAUGAGACAAUGGCAAACAAAGGUCAACAUCAAGGCAAGGAGAUAGCAGCUACAUCUGAAGUAACAUGGAUGAAUUCUACUCCAUCCUGGAAGCCUGAAUAUGUUUUGUGUCAAAAAGCUCAGGGUGGUAUCGGAUUUGCGGGACGGGUAAAGGUUGGGAAACAUAAAGAUUGGAAUCGUAAGAACAGUUACUUGGAUAGAAUAGUGGUUUACAAUGAGCUUAGCACAAAUUUGAGGAGGAACUGUUGUGCAAGAGGUCUUUACAGUGACCAGUUGGGUUCCGAUGAGAACUCAGAUGAAUCAAGGAAUCUUUCUGGGGACAGUAAGUCAUGGUUUGAGGUUUGUGGUGUGUAUGUUCAUGUGGUUCUAAGAAAUCACGGUGCGAACAAUGGCUUUAGCAAGUGCGAAGGAAAGGUUAACAGAAUCAGAAUAUCUUCUCGAUUCAGAAUGGGCUAUGGUUUGUGGCCAUGUUUCGAAGGAUUGCGUUGGUUUGGGAAAGUGGUUGUGGGACCUAUUGAUCGCAUUCAGAGUUGUGGUUUUAUCAAUCAGAGAAUUCGAGCAAAAGCAAUUUGUUUAUUUGAGGAUCAAUUGUGGGGGAAAUUCGAAUAUGUAGAUAUGAUAAUUGGAGCUUGA